CGGCUUAGCCGGCCACUGCCAGUUACCAUGCUAGGUGUAGGUGUUAAACUACUUAAACUGCACUUCCAUCAUAUUCCAACAAUCUCAUAUAUAAUCCAUUCAUGCUGGGACGUCAGAUUUCGGCGGCUUGAGUUUAUUGCACUCCUCCGUCUAUAAAGAGAGCUUCAUUUUGCCAUAUCUAUCUACUUACAAGGAAAUCGACAAGACAUGAAGAGUGAUAACGCCACCUCUGCGCACUUGGAGAAGGCGGUCGAUGAGCCGAGUGAUGCCGUGGAACGUGGACGUCGUCUCCAAGAGGAUGAGCGUCAACUAACAGCUUGGCAAACAGCCCGGCUGUACCCACAUGCAGUUCUCUAUUGCAGUGUGGCGUUUACUGCAGGUCUGAUGUACGGCUACGAUCUCAUUGUUAAUGGUUCCGUAAUCGCCAUGCCUUCCUUCAUAAUCAGAUUCGGCACCACUGGUGCGUCCGGUCUUUAUCUGCCAACGGUUUGGACAUCUCUUUGGACAUCAAUGACUUCCCUCACGCAGGCUCUGGGUGCGUACGUAGUCGGUCUAGUUGCCGACAGAUGGGGUCGCAAGUGGCCAGGAGCCGCUGCAGGCAUGCUUUCCUUGGUUGGAACGGCUGUUUUGUAUACUGCAGAGACUCGAGGCUGGCUUCUGGCUGGUAAAAUGAUCACAGGGGCAGCAAUUGGAGCUGGAAUGGCGGCAGGAACAAGUUACGCAUCUGAAGUCGCGCCGCUGCAACUCGCAGGCCCUAUACAAGCCUCCCUUGUGCUAUUCGUGGUUUUCAUGCAGGGAGUGGGCUUGGGUCUUGUGCGGGUAUUUGUGCCACACACCGAAACUCAAGCAUUCCGAAAUGUUUUUGCAAUCCAGUGGGCAGUAGGGUCCCUUGCUUUGGUUGGGUUUGCGCUUACCCCAGAAUCUCCUGUCUAUCUGAUACGACGAGGAAAAGUGGAACAAGCAAAAAAGGUCCUCGGUCGGAUCUACAGUAUGCAUUCGAAUGCUGAGGAUCGCAUUGCCUACCUAAUCCAGACUAUGGUGGAAGAACAAAGUCGAGCGUCUAAUGAAGCAGCAUCCUAUCUGGACUGCUUCCGCGGUACGAACCUCAAGCGAACAUUGACAGUAGCUUUUCUCUAUAGUACCAACAACUGGGUCGGUGGUGCUUUCCUGGCUCAGUCCACCUACUUCCUUCUCACGGUGGGAUUGCCUGCUGUGCACUGCUUCGACAUCGGCAUUGGGGGGUUCGGCUUGGCCAUCGUCGUUAUCGUCUGCCUUGCCAAUUUUGGACAUAAAGUCAGCAAGCGCCGAUGGCUUCUUUCAGGCAUUGUUCUCAAUUUUCUGUUCAUGAUCACUAUCGGCGCUCUGUACUGGGCCCCUGGAAUGGGGCCUGUUUGGGCCAUUGGUAUCCUUAUGAACAUCCUUAUCUCGAUCCAAAGCAGUCUUCUGCAAGCUAUCGGAUGGCCGAUCGCGGCGCAGAUUUCGAGUUAUCGUCUUCGGGCUAAAACCCUCUCCAUCGGAGUUUUGUCCCAGACGCUGUCAACCUGGCUGACCCAGUUCGUCGUGCCCUACAUGUACAAUACGGGCUCUGGUGAUUUGGGGGCGAGGACCGCAUUUCCGUUCGCGGGUCUCUCAGUUUUGAUCUUCAUUUGUGCAUAUUAUUGUGUUCCCAACACGACCGGCCUCACCACCGAAGAGAUCGACCGCCUCUACGCAGAUAAGGUGCCAAUCAAGAAGUUCGGCGCAUUCAUGCCCGAAACAAGUUUAGAAUAGCUGCAACACAGUAUAUAGUUCCGGUAAGAGCCCCAACCAUAACCAGCCCGGGUGGCGAAGAAACAGAGUUGGUUGGAGCAAAUGACCCAAUGACGUUAGCACGAAGUUUUCUAUCAUCAAGGUCGCAAACCGUCCCACCGAUUAUUGCCAAAAGAAAACCGAUGCUUGUGUCCACGGGUCACAAAGGUCUCAAGCGCUUGAAUGAGAUAUGGUAUCACACUUGAAUAUUUGUGGUUAGUUUCGAGAGUCAAGGAUAAUUUACUGAAGGCCCCAUACGAGCAGUUUUGGGCUAGAUAUGACGGUGGAAAGAGUGGAGUGUACAGUUAUGUAAGAAGUUGCAGCUUUACAUCACAU